GCUACUGCUACCACAACAUCAGCAAUGCCAGCAGCAAAGGCACUCAGAAGGCACCUGCCACAGUCACGCAACACCCUCAUGCAUAUACACGCAGACCCACACGUCCUCGCUUCAAAAUGCCGCAUACAAGACGUCAAAUUCGAUGUGCGCGACGGAGAAGGCGUCAUCAAGACCUUUGUCCGCAUUAAAACAGCCCUCCCAAACUCAUCCCUCCCUCAAUUCAUCAUGCGUCAGGCACAAGAUGACUAUGUCUCUGCCACGAGCAUGUUUCGUGCAAUCUUCCCAGAUGCAUCGAUGGAGGAGGAAGAACAUGAAAUGGCAAUCGUCAAGCGCGACUUGAAUGCCAGAUCGGAUGAACACGCGUCGGGUGUUUGGAUCCCCGGCACGCCAGACGCGUUGCAACUUGCCAAGGUGUAUGGGAUUGAAGCGUGGGUGGAGGCAUUGCUACAGGUCGAUACAACAGCACCCUCGCACACAUCACCGACGCGCCGAUUGUCCGCUGGUAAAUCUGUGCCAUCUGCGUCGAGUAGCUUCUCAGCAGAAAUGUCAACGCAAGCACUAGCACCAGCGCUCGCACCCCCAGCCACGCCACGCCCUAUUGCACCAGCAAAGUCGAAAGUUGCAAAAUCACCAAAAAAGGCAAGCGUGCCAACAACGGACAAGAAGCAAGCGAGUAGUAGUACCUUGGCAAGUCUAUCAGAGAGUCUUGUGGAUGCAGUGGAUGGUGCACUUGCACGAACAAGAGAAGCGUUGCAACCUGAAUCACUACCGCCGUCAAGCACCAAAAAUAACAACAAUAAUAAUAACACUGGCAACGGUAAAGUCAAGGUCGUCCCAAGCAGUAACAACAAGAAUAUGAAGAAGAAAGCAACUGCAACGCCUGAUAGCAAGACACAAGGCAAUGGCAGUGCAGGUGGACUUCUUGCACAACUCAAGCAAGAUGCCUCCGAAGUACUCACUGCAACAGGUGCGCGACACGCUCCGCAAUCUGUUGCUGAGAUGUUGGCAGAAGCGAAACAGCAAGUUGCUGAAUCGCGAAGAUUGGAUGCACAAGCACUCAGUCACCUCUCACCUGCUUCAACAAAUCAAUCGCGUUCAAAGAAGCGAUCGUUGGAGGUGGAAGAUGGAACACCCACAGGACCUGAACAACCACACUUGCAUGGCAAGAUGGAGGAUGUUGCAUUGCAUGGCAAGAUGGAAGCGGUACCAAGAAACAAACGCACAAAAGUGGAGGAACUCGAGGUGCAAGUGGCGGCUGAACGGCGUAAAGUCAGAGCCCUUGUUGGGCUGGUAUUGGGAUUGGGAGCAACGGCUGUGUUGCCGUAUGUGCUCUAAAGCAAUGGGCGCCUCCGUCCACUGUCCUUUUAUCUCUACUGUUCUUCUUGGAUGAAUGUUUACUUCUAACCCCCAUGUACUUCUUACUCUGUCCUUUUCUUAGCCGUAUCAAGAUCCUGUAUCUUUACUCGUUCUCUCAGGCAUG